AUGCUGCAGGUGAGUGGUGUGACAAGUGGCUUCCAGUACUGGAUGAAGAUGGACGAUGGUGGUGAGAACACACUACCUGAAUCUUGUGUGCUGUGGGAGGAACCAUUACAAGAAACCUUGCCAGAUGGUACCCCCACAUGGGCAUCACCCAUAGAGAGUAAUGGACGCCCUAAAUUGGAGUUGGUGCCUGCCUCUGGGGUGUAUAUCACAUACCAGCAGCUGGAGGAUCUCUCCCACAUCCCACCAGAUAAGCCCAAGCUGAUGACCAGGCGCCUACUUGAUUACUUCUUCUCUCGGGAGACUUUGGCACGAUCUUCAGCCACAGGGCAGAGAAUUGCUCAUAACAACACCACUAUGGAGAAACCAUUGCGAUUACCCGAUGCAGUGGUUACUGCAAUUAAAGCAUAUGUGACAAGAGCCUGCGGUCGUGGUUGUAACUUUAAUGCAGUUAUAAAUAGUAAGUGUGGAACCUCUCGACGGGCAGUGAAAAAGAUGUCUAUUCGCAUUGACUGGACAGAAGGAGGAGCAAAACACUGCCCAAAGCCAGCAACAUCACCAGCACAGAGGCUACAGUGUCUCAAUGAGAAGGCCCCACUCCCUGGUGCAAAGGGAAUGGAUCUGCCAGUCUCACAUAAUGUGCUACAAACCAGCUGA